GAAGGAAGGUAUAGCAUUGCAAAAUGUGCAGAGAAAACGAACACUUGUAAUUACGGAAACGAUCGUAUCGACGAUGAUUGUACCAAAUUUAAUCAUCUUGAUCCGUAGAAGUGUAGCCAGAAUCGGAUAUUGCAAUAUGACGGAAAAUAGAAGAUACGUUGGUAACCUCCAUGUGGAAUGGAUCAAUGGAUGUCAUGAAAGCACCGCACUUUUUGAAUCGUGAGAGCAACUGAGUUUAGCGUGGAUGAUACAGAUAUUACAUCAGUCGGUCCAGCAAUUGUUAUCUAGUUAAAUGGACACAUGUGGUAUUCAUUUUCUGAUGCAACUUACACUGGACAUAUCGAAUCCCAUUUAAAUCGACAAUCAAUACAAUUUGUACACAAUGAAGUUUGACGUUUAUUAAUGACUGUGUUCAGCCACAAGAUAGGCGGAUCGGACCUUAUACAUACCGGGUGUCCUGAAAGAACAGGAAUUUCUGAAUGUAAAACUGCGAGGACAGUGAACAGUGUUAAGAUAAACCUUUAGGGUAAAUGAUCCCCGAACAGAAAAUUGUUAAAAAUGUUAGAUUUUGUCGGCGCCAAAAUGUUUAAAAUCGUUUCGUGUCUUAUCCUCCUUUUGGGCGUAAAAGAGUCGAACAAAAUGCCUGGACAACUGCAGGAAAUCAAAGCCAAGCGCGCUACUUUUGGAAUGGGCUGCUUCUGGACAGGUGAUUGCCUCUUUGGAGUAUUACCAGGUGUCAUCAGGACCUGUGUGGGAUACGCGGGUGGACAGAAGGAGUCGCCAACAUACAGAAAUAUAGGCGACCAUACGGAAGUCGUUGAUAUCGAGUACAAUCCUGACGUGAUAUCGUACCCGCAGCUACUCGCCCUAUUUUGGCAGAAUCACGAAUACGGCCUUACUACGAAGAUCAAGCGACAGUACAUGUCCUUAAUUUUGUAUCACGAUGAAGAACAGAAAUUACUGGCUGAGAACACGCGCGAACGUCAGCAACGUCAACGUACAGAUUUGGUUCUCACCGAGGUUAGAAGAUUCGAGAGAUUUUACCCAGCCGAAGACUAUCAUCAAAAGUAUCGACUCAGAAAUCAUCCGUGGUUGAUCGAGAGUGCCGGUCUCACCAGCGACGAAGUCCUUCGGAAUUCUCCCUUGGCCGCCAAGUUGAAUGGGUACAUAGCUGGUGCUGGAACACUCGAACAGUUUCAGAAGGACCUGCCAAGUCUUGGCUUGAGCGAGAAAGCGUCGCAGUAUUUGGAAAAAUAUGUGAUCGAAACCCAGGGAAAUGGUUUAUAUUGCUAGCCAAUGCUAAACGUACAAUAUUCGCGAAUUAUUCACACGAGACCUAUAUUGAAGCAAUUCAAUUCUUCGCGAGGAGAAGUUUUAAGGCUUAUUUGCGUUGUUCCGAUAUCCUGUGCGCCUGUCUCUUAGGAAAAUGUGUUUAGCCCUUUUGCUACGGCGAAACUGGUCUGCGGUACGCCACCGUUGAGCGGGAUUCCAAAUCGUGAGCGUACGUUUUUUGUGAGGGCUAGAUGUUGACCGUAUAUAAAUGUAGUGAUCUUAUUAAUUUAAUUUCGAGAAGGCUGUACAGUGAUACCCGUUUGGUUGCGAGCCGUUAAAUGAGGUUUCCUUAGCGGAGAAAAUCCCAUUUAGAGGCUGUGUAUAGUAUUAGUGAUAAACAUAAAUGCUUCAACCAAAUUUUGCUUGGUUUUAACCAAGUAAGAUUCGUUUGGAACGAAUUAGUCUGUCACCAGAAGUAAAUUAGUUAUCCAUGUGGUCUGUCUUAAGUGCCUCACCCCAUACAUGUGCGUACUAUAUGAAGAGCGUUUAUACACUCGUAUAUCCACUCGUGGUAGUAAAAGAGUUGAAACCAUCUAUUUAGAAUUUAAACAACGCGAAUAAGUAUUUAGCAUGAUUUUAGAAAAUAAUUUACGCGACAGGUAUCCUUUGUUAGUAUUACAUUCUCUCGUUUCCUAUAACUGUUAUCAUAGCGCAUAAGUCUCAUCAACAGGAUAUUCAUUAUACGCGAAUACAUCGCACGAUUGUUUGUUUGCACGCUCAAUAGUUCAUGGGUAUCUUAUUUCUUAAAAGCUGGUUAAAAAGAUACUUACAGUAAGAAUGCUAGAUAGGCUGUGAAAAAUACGUAAUAACUCUUUUUGCAAUGAUUUCCUUAACUACCGUGUACGUUCUAUAAGUAUUAUAAGUUUAAUCACGAUACUCUCUACUCGCAUAAAAUGAAUAGACAUAGACCAUACAAUUAGAAUAACGCGGAUUUUUCUUUUAAACAGUUUAAGUUACCCGUUUACGAUAACAUAGUAUAAUUAAUAUAAAUUUAUAAUUAUCCAUAAAAAUGUUAUUAUGCAGCAUUUGUUGUUAACAAUCUCAUUGGCCGUGAGUUUUGAACAAUGUACAUAACUUUCGGACAACGGCGUUAUCUCAAACGCACGCGCGUAUACACAUAUACGGCCUCAGACACACGCAUAUUUAAAUGUGCUUAUUUCUUUACAUGCUUUAUGUGUCUUUUAUACCUUAUUUAUGUGUAACUGGUUUGCAUUAGGAAAAUCAAAAUAUAUGUUAUAACUGUCUACAAAAUUUACUGAAACAUGAAAAUAAUAACAGUGAUUUCCAUGUAUGUA